GUGAAGCCUGGUCAGUUGGUCCUAGGCUUCUGAGGGGGAAGGUUGUGUGUGUGUCUCGUGUCUGGUGACGCUGUGGGUGUUUUGAAGGGAAGCCAUGGCAAUGAGUAAAGCCCUCCUCUCCCUCUCCGUGGUGGGGGAUAGCACACCGGAAGCUGGAGGAGGGGGAGGUGGAGGCAUCGACGGCCCUGGAGGAGGAGGCGGAGGAAGCACAGGAGGAGGAGGAACUGGAGGAAACGGCACUGGAGACGGCGGCGGCGGCGGAGGCGGAGGAGGAGGAGGGGGAGGAGGGGGAGGAGGAGGAGGAGGAGGCGGCAGAAUGACCACCUUCAAAUCAGGGUUAAAGGGCGCCAGUCAGGUCCAGUUCAGCCUCAAUUUGAUAAGGGCGGCGCAGAGAGAGCUUCAAUUCCUGUACUUCGUGAACAGACACCCGGCGCUGUACAGAGGACCCCUGGUGAAGAAGGCGAUUCAGAGGUACGAGAUGCUGUGGCUCCCUCUGGCCGCCAACUGCACGGAGAAGAUCCUGGCGCCGCCCUCAGACGUGCACUGGGUAUGGUACGUGCACAUGCUGGCGCCUGAACAUUACCUACGCGACUGCAAAAACGUGGUGGGCCAAAUUGUCGACCAUAAGCUGUUUAAACUCAAGGCGCUGAAGAAGGCACACAAGCGGACGAGGAAGUUAUGGCUUGAAAUGUAUCCAGACGAGCCUUUUGAUGUGAUUCUGGACGGGUCGCAGCCAGUCGAACUCAGCCCAUACACGUCCCUUAUUAGCUAUGACCUCGAGGCGGCCGUGGGGAGGCAGAGCAUGUUCUACUACCAGGUAUCGCUGCCGCACUGUCUCAUGAAGACCUACCUGAAGGAGGCCGUGGAGAGGUACAAGAAAUUUAUUUACCUGAAGGCAGUCAACCCCAGCGAGUUCUUGGUUCCCUGCUACGACAUGGACAUUGUGUGGCACGCCCAUAUGGUGCACCCCAAGAAGUACCAGAAGGACACACAGCGCAUCCUGGGCCGCAUCCUGAACCACGACGACUCUAUCAACGACAGGACACCGGGAUCCAAGCUCACCACCUCGGACGGGUCGACGCGGCGGCUGUGGGCCAAGACCUUCGGCGAGCACUUCUCCCGCAACGGCGCCAUGUUCAGAGGGGACCCGCCCUCCUGCGUGAUCGAACCCGUGCCUGCAGAACUCAAGAAGACUGCCAUGGGAUCUGCCUUCCAGCUCCACGUCAGGAAGGUGGCCAUCGGCGGGGCUCCACCUGGGACGCUUAAAAUCAAACUUAUACACCAGUUUCGGAACCUGGAGAAGCAGCGGCUUGGCAAAAUCACGAUCUUCAAGGAACACGGAUUCGACAUGUCUGAACACAACAUUGCUGACCUCGGCUUUGAGUUCACGCUUCCGGACAAGGUGGUGCGGGAUCAGUUUGUCCUAGAGAUGGUGAGUCAGCGGGACAGUUUCAAGUCACGGCUGGGCAGCGGCUCUCAGAAUUUCGAGUGUAACGGGCAUUUUGACUUCACCGAGCUGCUCAAACUGCGAGACGACACAGCGACCAUCAUCAAGACAUUUAUCGAGCGGGACAUCCGGGUGGAGCUCACAUUCGGCAUUCGCGUGGUGCAGGCUCAUCACUACACCACCAUGGCAGUGCUCACAGGCCCAUUCAGACCCACAGCCGUUGACCCAGCCACCGUGCGCUCCCUCUACGGCAUUGUGCCCAACCUCGUCUCUCCUGGUGACAACGCGGACAUCUACAAGGCUGAGAUGGCAACGCACAGGAUAGUGAACGAGACGUGGCCGCACCGCCCUCAGGUUCUGGAGGUGGAGGUGUACCAUUCCCGCACCCUCCUCCACUCCGCGGUGCACUUGUACGCGGAGAGCUCGAGUGGAAGGCACCUGGUCGCCGUCUCGCAUACCGUGGACAACAAUACAGUGCCCACGCCGCAGGACCUCGCCUACUCCAACGAGGGUUCCCACAACUUCAGGACCAUCUCCCUCAACCCGCGGCGCGGCGAGCGAGGGAUGGUCAUCAAGACUCACGAGGGGGACUGGGCGCUGGUCACGGCGGAGUGGGCGGGGCUCUGCAACGGGGUACCCUCAGACGGGCGUGGAAGACCAGGCUCCCCUGGCCACCUGGCGCUGCACAUCCACAUGCUGCGACAGUUCCAGCACCGUUCCGUCAUUCUGCCCUACGAGAGGCGAGAGUACACCUUCUGUCUCGGCGGCGUCACGAUCGACAUGGAGAGAGGCGUGUUGGAGGUCGGAGUGGGCAACCCGUGCCUGGUGGAGAACAUCUCGCUGGCCCUGAGUGCUGCGGUGCUUCACGUGCUGUGCCAGCCUCGCCCAGACCGCCCCGUGGUGGGCCAGACCAACCGCAUCCCCGUGGAGAAGCUGAGCCUGCUGCACGCCCUCGGCUACUACGCAGACUGCACGCCUCACAACUCCUUCCUCAGGUCUUGCAUCGGCGACGGCUGCGGCGGCUGCGGCUCGUGCGGGGGCUGCGGCGGCUGCGGGGGCUGCGGUGGGUGUGGUGGGUGUGGCGGCUGCGGCGGCUGCGGCGGCUGUGGCGGUUAAGGCUUCCUGAACUUAGGGAUUCAUGUUGGUCUGUUUCCUUUAGUCUGGCCUGAGCAUUUCUUCCCCGUUUUCUGUUCCCCGCGUGAGGAAUCGAGGGGAGACCCUAGCGUUCAGGGCUGGAUCUGCUAACGGGGACUUGGUGGUGGCUGUGGUGAUGCUGGCUCUUCCAUCCCCCUUUCCUCCACCCCACCAUACCUCCACCCCUCCCUCCACACCCGAACCUUCGUCAGCAGGGCAGGAGCAGACGCCCAGGCCACAGCAUCACCACGCCCGAGAUUGAGUUAGUCUGCUCACGAGUUCUGCCCGGCGCGGCAACUUUUCCUGUCCACACACAAAUGAAUUCAAAAGAUACACCAUAGAACUAUUUUGCAGGCGAGGCAGUUUGUACGGACACCCACCACUAGAGUUGCUCAUGAUACGUAUCACAGUAGGAGAUUCCCGUGUAGGUCAGUCAGUAACUCCUAUAGUCUGAUGGUAGCCUGUUUUGUAGUGUCAUACCGACUAGCAGUUUGUAUCAGACGUAAGACAAAGGCGCUAUCCAAGUAUCUGAUAACUACAGAAAACUCACCUACACUUCGUUUUCUAUACCCCCGGUUUUCAUUGUCUUAUAAUUCUUUUCUCUUUUUUUUUUCUUUUUUCUUUUUUUUUUUCCCACACUUUCCUCUCCCCCUCCCCAUCCAUCCAUCCAUUCAUCCAUCCAACCAUCCCAACCUCCACUCAAGCGAAUUUUAACACUUCCCCUGCUAAACUGGACUCCACUACCUCCACCUCCGCUACCUCUCCCGACCGCCUACCUCCUCUCCCACUCCGCCCCUCCACCAUCCCCUCCUCCUAUUGCUAAGACUCCUCGCUGUUCUUAAAUCUUAGUAUUUAUUUGUUUGUGUUUCUUUCAGCUCAGUUUU